UUCAUCAGGUUCCCUUGUGUGUGUGUGUGUGUGUGUGUGUGUGUGUCAUCAUAUAAGAAUAUUCAAUCUUCUGUCGCCUCAGGUAUUUUGAAUUUUUUUAGCGCGUUAGUGAAUGUAGCGUCGUCAUGGCAACAAACAUCAACAAAUGGAGUCGGGCGGUGGUGGCCAGCGGCCCCACCGAUCACCAUCACAAUGACGAGAUACUAAUUUAGUGGCGAGAAAAUAACGAGUGGUCUGUGAUGCGAACUUUUGCGCAUGGCACUCUGACACACAUCUUAUUAUGUCGAGCUCAGGUGGCGACGAUUUUUUCGAUGAUACGGAGAGUGAGAGUGAAGGGAAGGAAGAGAAAGGGCAGGAAGGGAAUGAGGUCAGAGAGAGGAGUGCAAGUGACAGUGCCUCUACAGAGGAGUCUUCCUCUGAAGGUGAUUUUGAAGAACAGCUGAAGCAGGAUACCGACAGCCAAAAGAGUGACGAAGACUGCGACGAUGAUAACGAAACCGACGUUGAAGAUAACGAUGGGGACGAUGUCUCAGAAAAUAUUGAAGAGGAGUCCCGGGAGGAGAGUGGAGGGGAGGGUAGUGGACACGACAGCGACGCCUUGGGUGGAGACGAGAGGCUGGCCAGCAACGAUCGAAGUGAGGAGCUGGAGAGGCUGUUUGAUCCCUCUCCAACAGACGUCACUUCCACAGUGCCGUCACCAAAACCCUCAAUCGCACGCCCCGCCUCAGCCCGAUGCCGAGUGAGGGUGGAGAUUGAGUCAGCUCCCCCACACAGUUCCUCCCGACCGGACGUCACAGGCACCCGAGUAAAGGAGCAGAGUAAUGUUUCUCAAGAGAUCGGAGUCAAGGACGACCAUCCGCCACCUCUGCUUGUGGUCAAGAGUUCCGUGCACAGCCGACCCGCGAGGACACUGGGCUCCAGAGGUAAUUCUCCUAGUUCACCUAGAACGCCCGGUACGCCGCCCACCACAGACAGCAGAGGCAUCAACAGGAUCCUCAGCAAGAAAGAAUCUGCCAUUGCAGGGCGAAUAUCCACGGGAACAUAUGCUCCAAAAGGACAACGGUUCAGCAUGCGCCCUUGUAGAAAGCAGCCACGCCAACGACCUCUGGGGAAGUACACUCGGAGCCUCCAAAUGUUGGGCGUGAAAGUACCUCCUUCAGUCCCUCCGCAACGUGCGGGGCGGUCAUCUUCCUCGCAGUCGUGGACCAGUGGCGGAAAGCUUCACACCCGCCUGACGCGUCGCUCCACUUCCUUGGAGGAUGUUACCCGCGCCAUUCCGCAGGUCAACACGCCCGAAGUCCUCCAUAAUCUCCAUGUUGACGAAGGGCAGCGGGCGACCCUUAGCCAGGCAGUGUAUGAGGAAUGGUACUUCGCACGUCAACAGCAGAUCCACGCACGGAAGGUCAAGGCCAGGGAGCAGAUACGUAAGGAGGAGGAGAAGAAAGAGAAGGAAAAAAAGUUGAAACAGAGCAAAGUGACUGCGGCCGUGACGGAAUGGGAGAAAAAUAAGAUGGAACAGAUGAAAAGCACCAAAGAAAAGAUUAGAAGAGAGGCUAACAAGAAAAUAGAGGAAGAAAAAGCAAAGGAUGAAAAGAACAUGCAGGUUUCAGCCGCUAUCAUAGCCUGGGAAACAGAGAAGAGAGAACUGGACGCAAAGAAGAGAGAAAAGAAGAGACUGGAUAAGGAGGCCAAGAAGGAAGCUGAGAAACAUAAAUACACCAGCAAAGAAGAAGCUGAAAUGGUUUACCGGAUGUGGAAAGAAAGAAAAAUGACUGAAUUAAGGGAAAGACAAAUCAGAGACAAACAACGAGAGGACGAACUUGCAUUUAAGAAAGAGGAAGAGGAACGGAGGAAGAGGGAAGACGCAGACUUAGCCUUCAACGCCUGGAAAAGAAACAAACUUAGGGACGAAAGAGAAACCACGAGAAAGGAAAUUCAGGCGUCAGUGCAAAGAUCAUCCACUGCUAAGAAACGGGAGGAACGUUCUCGAGAGGCACUGCUGGCUUACGAGGCUUGGCUGGACCAUGUUGAGGAGCGUGAACCAAUCCGCCUCUAUGAAGAAGCUCGAGCCUCCGCUGUGGUAAAAGGCCGUCGCCCCUGGUGGCCUGGUGGGUCCAGCAAUUCUCUCAUGGGGUGUUGAGCGGCAACCUUCAUAGUAGUACUAACAUAACUUCACUGCAUGGGACACCUAGAUGGACAAUCACUCAACGUAAAGGAGAUGGGAUAUGUAAAGUAUUCUGAAACGCUUUGCUCUCUCACCAUCACUGUUUUCCAAAGGCUCCAGUUGAAGGGGCUCGUGUUUCUAAGGGUAUUUUUAUUGUUUUGGUGAUAUAUUGAUAAGAUUUCUAGUUCAUCAAAAGGAGAAAUUGUCUUAAAAACCCGGCUAGUUGUCCUUGUGGCCUUGAAAAAAAUUGUCGUAGUGAGAGGGGAAGGCGUUUCUGAAUACGAAGGUAUAUCUCCACGACGUUGCCAUUCAUGGAACCAAGAAUCAGGAGUGAUCUCAUACCUUACGACUGUUGCGAUGUGUUGAGCGGAGGAUCUUUGCUGCUGGUAAGCGUGAUCCCUUUAGCGACACACCACAGCAAGGCUACGACUCGUGUACAUAAUAUUAAUGAAUAUUUCUUCAAUAGAGAAUAUUUGUUGAUUUCAAUAAAAAAGAAAAGAAAACAGUUAAUUUACUGAAAUCAAUCUUGCUAAGAUUUCAUGAAAGCUUUUAUGUAUAUGAGCUUAUAGUAUAUGUAAAAAGUUUAUGAAAAAAUACUUUCUAUAUAUUACCUUCAAGAUUCCCGGUUUUUUGUCACUACAGUCUAAAAGUAUCUAGCACGGUGCAUGCACAAACCUAAACACCAACACAUGCAAACAGAAGAUGCCUCAAUUCACAGCGUUGAUACUUCAAAUAUUCUAAUCAUUGUUACAUGAAUGGUAUCUUAUGAAGUAUUAACAAGUGCCCGUCUAUAAAUUUUUCCAGUGCUUUCCGAUGCCUGGUAGGUAUUCUGGGCAGAUUCGUGCCUUGGUGAGGGGCUCAGGGCAUCCUCUUAGUCUGUAUGCAGGAAACAGGAUGAGCAUGUGUGCAUUUUUUUUUUAUCACUCCAGUUGCUGUUGUUGUGUGAGAGUCAGAGAGGAGGACCAGGAUGAGGGAACAUUCAUGAGUUUGGAAGCGUGAAAGUAGGACGCACCGCUGCGCAACUCGUCUGCAGAUGUUUGCCCAGAUUGUACAGUAGAUCGUGUGUGUGUGUGUGUGUGUGUGUGUGUGUGUGUGUGUGUGUGUGUGUGUAGAUAUUUGUUCUUUUAUGUGUAGAGAGACUUACUCAACUUUCGUGAAGAGACAUCAAUUAGAAAAUCGACAACUAACAGCACACGUGUAGUAAGCACUCUUGAGCUAUAGAUGUUAGUGAUCAUAAUAGAAUCUCCGUGUACACUGUACAUUGAUGCUUUAUAUGGAAAAAGAAGGGAGAGAGAGAAUAGAAAAUGUAGCCUCCUCCAAUAUGAGAGAGAGCUCAGGGUUGAGUCACACAUGUAGCCUAUCAAGGAUGUGCGAAGGAGAGAAAAUUGAAGAGGCUUGAGCUGGAGGCUGAAGCCAAAGCAAGAAGAUUGAAAGGUGAGGACAGUAGAGAAAGGAGGCACGGAGGCUGCUUGAGGCAGAGAAGAUGAGGCUAAAUGAAAAAAAAAAAAAAGGGACUGAAAAUUAGAGCAAUCAUUGUAAUAUAAUGAAUUCAUUUAUUGAAUUCUUGUUUGUAUAAUUCUAACACAUACAUGACUAGGGAAGAACGCUAAAGACAAGUGACAUAAAUAUGAGAGUAGAUAAAACUAAAUAACUACGUCCACAUCCCAACAAAAAAGGGACAGGUGGACGCCAUUGGGAGCAGCUUCUGUGACCCGGUGAUGCGAUUAUCAACACAAUCCGACAUGGGUGUCCAGGACGAAGAUGGCGACCGACCGCUCAGAACUAAGGACGACGAUGCCGUCUUUUGUUGAAUAGGGAGGGUUGAAAGUAGUAACGAUCAGGCUUAGGCUCAGGAUUAGGCCCAGCCUUAGGCUCAGGGUCAGGCUUAGCAGAGGGCAUCCCGGAGACAACUUGAGUCAGAGCCAUCAGGGCUGCCAGCACAGCAACGAGGAGGAACAAC